AUGAAAUCGCCUCCUCAAAGCCUACCAAAGUUUUCCACAAGCCUACGUCCUCCACUCAUGCUGGAUCAGGUCCGAACGGUGUUGCCGUACUUAUGCCCCCCACAGCUUGAGUGCGCGCAGCUAUGGAUUGACGAAGCUCGAAUCCUCCAGGAUUCCUCAUUCACGUUAGUCACGCUGGUCGACCGAAUGUGGGGUCUGACCAACGAAGAGGUGGCCUUUGCGCGACUCCGAAUCUAUGGGCCGUUUACCAUGGAGUGGAUACAGCGUGAGAUACCCGACCUCCGUCCGACACAGAUGGUACUGGCCCAGUGGAUUGUGGAACACAGCCGGCUCAUGAUGGAGUGUCCCAAGCCGGUUGUCUCUGGAUCGCACCGCGCGCUGCAACGUCUCGUCACGCCAGAUAUCCUCGCAGGGCUCUUAGCUCUCUCCGCCUCACAGCGGAGGCGUGUCAGUCGACGUCUCCGCCCCCAAUGGCGAUGUUUGGGACGCGACCGGGGAAUAUCCUUACUCUACGGCCGAUCGACUGUGGAGUGCGGCGAUGCGGAUGGAGCGACGAUGGUGGCGGUCCCUCUGGCCGGGGCGAUCACAUGA